ACGGUUGUUUUACUUUUUGUCCAUCGAGAAGCUUUGUGUUCGAGCGAAUCAACUCUGGAUGGAGGAUACAUAUCAUCAUUACCGUGCGCAUAGCCUCUCUCCCUCUCAAGUGUUAUCACGUGCGUGAGCUAAUUUCUACAAGCAGCGUUAGGGUUGCACACAGAUUUAACUUCUUAGCGAGAAUGUUGUGGAAACCUUGUCUGAUUGAGGUCAAAUAUUUAGAUAAUUGGAAUUGUGAUGAAGACAAGAGGCGGGAAGAAGAACUUUUGAGAAAUACCUUCUUCUAUGACCUUUAAUAGCCGGUGGCUUUACUGCUCUUCAUCCAUAUGAGAAGUUUCCCCUGAGCUCGAGACAUCUGCCGCGCACUCUGCGCUGUCCAAAACUCUCUUCCACCGGGAAUAUUACGCGCUUUUGUCAUAGGUUGUUGUGUUACCUCAUUGGAAAAUAUAGGGCGAUUGUUUCGUGGUAGACUUGGGUUGCAUGCAUCAAUGCCAAGAAAUUCCAUAAGGGUAACUCUGCCCAAGGAAAACGUGAGCCAUCUGUGCAGGAUGGAGCCGGCGGCCAAGGAGAGAGGGACGACAGAGAACGGAGGCAGCUCCUCGACGAGGGCGCAGCGCUCCUCCUGCACCAGCCUCAAGAUGUUCCUUGUGGCUCUGUCGUUUGCCUACUUUGCCAAGGCCUUGUCUGGCAGCUACAUGAAGAGCACAAUAACCCAGCUGGAGAGGCGCUUUGACAUCCCCAGUUACCUAACAGGCGUCAUCGACGGGAGCUUUGAGAUAG